AUGAAAUUGGAGCCUUGUUAUCCUUUAUUCUACUUUAGGCUACCAUUCUGGCCUCAGAUAAAGCUAAUAUUUGUCUGCUGGCUAGCAAUACCUCGAUUUAACGGUGCAUACUAUGUCUACAAAAACCUUGUUCAUCUGUGCUUAUCUGUGGACCUACAAGCUGUUGUUGAGUGGUUGAAUAAGCCUAAGGAUGAGGUCUCUCUCAAACCCGAAACCUUCCUAGCUGUGGCUGAGACAUAUGUUCAAAAGAAUGGUACUGAAGCAUUGGAGAAACUCAUUGCUAGUAAGUCAAAGGAUUCAAAUUCCAAUCUCAUUGUGGAAGAGAUCAAGUCAGUUGCAAAUGCAGAGGAGAAAGAAGUGGUGACAACAAUCCAGUUCAACGAGCCAAACAUUGUUCAGAAAGAUGUAAAAACUGUGGAACCAAAAGAAAAAAAUGCAGCAGCAGCAGCAGCCGUGAAAUCGACUGAGAAGAAAGCAGUUGCAGUGGUGGAGGUCAAAGAAAUGACACAGCCAGCAGCUUGUAAAGAGGACAAGCUUCCGGAGCCACCUGCUCUGAAGAAAGUUCAGAAAGAGUGGACUUGUGCUGUUUGCCAGGUGACAACCACAUGUGAGGCAAACUUGAACAGCCACCUUCAAGGGCAGAAACAUAGGGCUACGUUGGAUGAGUUCAAAGCUAGUAAGCAGGCAGCCAAAAACCGUGGUUCUUCAUGUUUGACACCAAACAAAUCAGAUCAAACCAAAAAGGAGUCAAUCAACUGUGUAUCUGGGGAUAAGCCAAGCAAAUAUAUUCCUCCUUGGAAGCGAAAUAAAUAUAAGACUGCAGAACAAGAGGUAAAAGUGCCGGUGAAUAGCAGCAACAGUGAACAAUUCAAGCAGAGAAAUACUAAUACUAGUACUUGUCCCGGGGAGAUUGACAUGGCUGCUCACCUUAAUGGAGGGAAGCACUUGUCCCGGAGUCAAGAGAUGCUCAAUCCUGUUGGUGGCCAAUCAGGAUGGGAUUACGGUGGUGGCUCAUGA